AUGGACUUUGUUGGAGAACGAUACUAUAAAUUGAAUCGAAUUCUUCUGCUGUCUCUUGGCCUGUGGCCUUACCAAAAUUCAGGCUUGAGGAAAAUUCAAAUAAUUUUUUUUGAAACAGUAUUCAUAUCCUUCCUGUUAUGCCAGUUCAACAUAUUUUUCGUAAUAAAAUGCGACAUCGAUAUUAUCAUCAAAGUUUCCAUGUAUAUUGUUAUUAAUUUUAUUUUUAUUAUAAAAUAUAACGCAUAUUUUCUACUUGCCAAUAAUAUAAAAUAUAUAUUCGAUAGAAUUCGGUACGAUUGGACCUUGUUAAAGACUCAAGCGAAAUUGAAAAUAAUACGAGGAUACGCAGAUAUCGCAAAAUUAUAUAUAAUCUGUUUUGCGUUGUUGAUUAUUAACUUAUUAUUGGUAUUGACAAUAUUAAUCUAUAUACCACGCAUACUUGAUAUAGUUGUGCCAAUGAAUGAUUCGCGACCGCUACGCUUACCAAUUUUAGUGAAGUAUUAUUUCAUUGAUGAAGAAGUAUAUUAUAACAUAAUUUUUAUACAUAUUUUUGUCACCCUGUACGCUGGCGGUAUCACAAUAGCGGCUAUUGCAACGUUGCUCAUGGCAUAUGUACUGCACAACUGUGCCUUGUUCAAAAUCGCUAGUUAUCGAAUGGAACAUAUAUGUGAUGAAAGUGUACAACAAAUAUCAGAGAAUCUUAAGCAAUUUAUAUUUUACGAGAAACUAAUUCAUGCUGUAUAUAUUCAUCGCAGAGCUCUGGAUUUAGCCACUAUGCUGACGAACAGUUUUGCGACAUUCUAUUUCAUAUUGUUAGGAUUUGGAGUGUCUUUGGCUAUUCUCAGUGUUCUUAAUUUUGUUACCGCAGUAAUCCUGAAUGAUAUAAAAGAAUUACUGAUCUUUAGUAGUAUUUUAAUUCUACAUUUGUUUUACAUAUUUCUGGGAAACUAUGUUGGACAGGGUAUUAUAGAUACUAGUACUGAUAUUUAUCACUCAGUAUAUAAAACGGAAUGGUACGCCGCACCAUUAUGGAUGCAAAAGUCAACAUUGCUUGUAAUGAAUAAAAGCAGUAAAAAGAGUACCUUAACUGCUGGAGGUUUAUUUGAUGCAUCAUUAGAAGGUUUUGCAACGGUAAGAUAA